UUUAACACUAUUUAUAUUAAGGAAGCUCAUGCCGCCGAUGAAUGGGCACUACCAGUAACGAAUGAAAAUCUUGGCGUAUGCUUUCUUCAGCCUAAGAAAUUAGAAGCUAGAAUAAACAUAGCUAAACAAUUUAUUAAUCGUUUCCAAUUUCAAUUACCAUUUUUUAUCGAUUGUAUUGAAAAUGACACGAUGAAAGCAUACGACGCUGUACCAGAACGAUUAUAUGUAGUCGAUGACGGAAAAAUCGUUUAUUCAGGCGGUCCAGGUCCAUUUGCUUAUAGCCUAGAUGACAUGGAACAAUUUUUAGAGAAAUACGUCGUAGAAGGACAGAAAUCGUCGUAA